AACAUUUAUACUAUACGGCAGAUAUUUCAGUUACAACGAUUGUAUUGAGCGCAUGUGCAGUAAUUUUAUUUUGUUAUCUUAAGCACUUGUUUACCGUUCACGUUUACAAACAUGUACAAAUAUAUUUAUGACUUUUGUCGAUGGUCUAAAGGGUUUUGUUAACAAGACAUUCCAUGCAGGCAACACUCUAAAGAAAAAAUACAAAUGGCAGCCGUGGAUGAAGAUGUUUUUAUAUGUUCCAUAUGUAUGGACAUUUUUGAAAACCCCAAAAUGUUACCUUGCCAACACAGUUUCUGCAAGAACUGCCUUGUAUCCUUUAUUCAAAAGAAAAGAGAAUGUGUUAUUGGAAAAUUACAAUCGUUUCAAUGUCCUUUGUGUAGACAUGAAGUUAUGUUAGAAAGCAAAAACGACGUUGAAAAUUCAUUUCCAACAAACUACCUUCUUAGCACUUUGUUGGAGUAUCGCAGAGGAGAUAUCUAUAAACCAUUCAGUAUGACCAAGGACAUGUCUGAAAAACAAACACAAACGGUAAAUAGAAAGGAAGAAAAAAGGACUCGUACAAUUGGAACGCAGGUGAAACGAUGUAAAACUACAAAUAAAGCAAUACAAGCAAAUCGCGAUGAAACUAGCGUACAGAAUAAAAGAAUACAGACUCUUGAAGCAAGGUUGAACGAUUCCAUAAACAAGGAAACACAGACGAUAGAAGUAAUUCACAGUGACGAAGAAAAAAUAUUUACUAAUCAAAACAUAAUAGACCAAAGUACAACAGAAAAUAACACUUCCAGCUGCUCACAGCAACCGCACAACGCAACUUUAGAUUUGACAGAAAAACAGGUGACAAGGCAAACGGGCAGCAAUAUUGUGACUUACCCAGAAUAUCCGCUUUUUAGGCAACCAGGCUAUUUAAUUCAUUUCGUAAUAGCCUUGUGUUUUCUUCUGCUUUCAGUGUUUGAAUCCCAUCAAACUAACUUUGAAACGAGUGACAAACGGAAUUCUAUUUACUCAACAACUGAAACCGAACGCGCUUUACUCUGUUUACUUAUUGUUCUAAUUGGCUACGGGUUAUUUCUAUACGCUGCAGUUCUGAUAAAUCUGCCCUAUCGGUCAGUUGGCACCAAGAGACGGCGGCUCAGAAAACAAAAGGGACGUCAGCGUCGUUCAUAACAUAUAUCAGUUUGAAAGAUAGUAAUAUGAAUUCAAUUACAAAUGCUAGUAUAAAUUGGCAAUUAAUUAAAUAAUUCAUGGAGAUUAUAUUUCUCUAUGUGUGUUUUGAAGGGUUGUACCUGUUUCUUUUUUAUCCUUAGAAUAUAGUUUGUCUUUUUAAGUUUAUGUUUUUUACAGCAAUGUUUUACGAUUUUCUUUUAAAUUAUCUUACUCCAUGCGUGAUUGAAAAUAGAAAUUAAAAAUGGCAAAGUUUA